CUUGACCAGCCCGGGGACGCUGAACACCCGCACCCACAGCACGACCACAGCGCCAAAGGAUGCAACGUUGCAGCUUUCGAUCCACCGUGCUAGUGCUGACGGUCCUUUGGCUUACCACCCGGCCCGAGCAGGUGGCUAGUAAUGGAGACUUUAGCUAUUUCUACGGCACGAUCGCACCGACGGACACGCUCUGCGCAAAGAAAGUGGUCGGCAUCGGGACCAAGACGCCCGUACAGGUGGAUUACAGCAGUCAGCGCCCGAUAACAGCUGUCAGUCUGGAUGCGUCGAACGUGGCGUACCAGGGCUUCAAUGCGCUCGUCACCCGCGGUGCCAUCGGCCAACGGGGCAUCACGUUCAGCCUGAACGGGCCCUGGGUGUUGCCGUACUACAUCGAGCUGGACUACUACUGCCGGGCGCCGGACCAACCCUGACCGACCUCAACGAACACCCUCGCGUCCGGCACACAAAGCGGCGAUGGGCAAAAAGGGGGUCCGGAUGGAUGGCGAGUUUUUUCUGCGAGGAUUUUAUGCAUAUCCCUCAUUGCUGCACCAGAAGACAAUAAAAGGAUGCCAU